GAGACACAGCUUUCUAGACAUUACUGCGCUCGUUUAGAACAUCCGCUGCCUGCACGGUACAUGGACACCCACCGUAUAGAGAGAUUAGAAGUGAGUGAAAUAAACGGUCCUAGGCUAUAUAAUAUAUCUAAUUCUGGGAAAACCUCUGCGCAUAUAACACAUUUCCAUGCGCUCGUGUGAUAGGUAAACAGGAGAAUCGUAUAUUAUAUCUGUAUUUGGAGAAAAAAAACGAACUAAUAAUGGUCAAAAAACGAACGGAUGACAUGACAGACAACUUCAAGAACGAGAUGAGAGUGAACAGGCUGACGGUUGCAUUCCGUUACUCCAAAGACGCACUCGAGAACGUCAGAGAAUGAAAAGAGCUCCAGAAUACAAGCAGACUGUUCAUGAAAUUGACCGGCUCUGGUUUCACGGAGGUCUCCUAACGUUGCCCGCCGUUCUCCGGGGAAUUUGAGGCCACACAGAUUGACAGGUUGACCACUGAAAGUUAAAAUGGCCCACCUUUUCCUAGCCAGCAAAAUCUCUAUUCCAGAUGACUCUAUCAAUAAAAAUGCACCGAAAGUCCCCAAAAGCGCCAUGAAAAUGCCCACAUCUACCUCUGAGAAAGUCACUACAGAGAAAUCCAACAACAACAACCACAACAAGAAGGACCGUAGCGUUGUUGUGACGACCGUCCCGUUAAUCAACGAGGUGCAGCUGACGGCGGCCACCGGCGGGGCAGAGAUGUCGUGCUACCGGUGCACCGUGCCAUUUGGCGUGGUGGUCCUUAUCGCCGGUAUUGUGGUAACGGCUGUGGCGUACACGUUCAACUCCCACGGCUCCACCAUCUCGGUGCUGGGGCUGGUUCUGCUGUCGGCUGGGCUAGCCCUCCUGGGGUCCAGUGCUGUCUGCUGGAGGGUCCGGCUGGGGAGGAAGAAGGACCGGAGGAGGGAGAGUCAGACGGCCCUCAUGGCCAACCAUGGACUCUGCGUGGUCUGAGCCCUGAGGGAAGAGAGGGACUGUUAAAGUUUGAAGUUUCAACAAUUUAUAGUCAAGGUGCCGCUGUGGCCUGAGGGGAAGACUUGGACAGUGGAACAGUGGGACUGUUAAACUUUUCAAAAAAAGUUUGAACAAAAGGUAUUGAAUGACAAGAGACUAGAGAGAGUUGAGGGAUGUCUGAGCUGGUUGGGUAUGAAGGACUCACACAUUAUCAAAAACAGAUGCUUAGCUGAAGGACUAGAAUGGGCUAGAAAGUCUAGCUGCUUUGUAGGUGAGAUACUAUCUGGAAGGACUAUAUGCCUAGAAAGCAGGAGUUGGAACUGAAAUUAAUUUCCAAAAGUUUACCCAUAUUUUUUUCAUUCUGUUCCGCUGUUACGACCAGCAAAAUAAAGUUCUGAACUGGUUCGAA